CUCGCCGCCCGCCAUGGCGUCUGCGCUCCGGCUCCGCUCCGCGCUGGCCCUGGUCACAGGUGCAGGUAGCGGCAUCGGCCGAGCGGUCUGUGUGCGCCUGGCCCAAGAGGGGGCCACUGUGGUCGCCUGCGAUUUGAACGGGGCAGCAGCACAGGAGACGGUGCGGCUGCUGGACGGCCCGAAGAGCGAGGCGGGGGCGCCCGGCGGGAAACAUGCGGUCUUCGAGACGGACGUGUCAGAGUCCAGGGCUGUCAGGCACCUGCUGGCGCAAGUGCAGGCCUGCUUUUCUCGCCCUCCAUCUGUCGUGGUGUCCUGUGCAGGCAUUACCAGGGACGAGUUUCUGCUCCACCUCUCUGAGAAGGACUGGGACAAAGUCCUAGAGAUCAACCUCAAGGGUGUCUUCCUGGUCACUCAGGUUGCAGCCCAAGCCCUGGUGGCCAGCGGUCGUCCAGGCUCCAUCAUCAAUGUCAGUAGCAUCGUAGGAAAGGUGGGGAACCUGGGGCAGACAAACUACGCCGCAUCCAAGGCGGGAGUGAUUGGGCUGACCCAGACUGUAGCCAAAGAGCUGGGAAGACACGGGAUCCGCUGUAACUCCGUCCUCCCAGGGUUCAUUACGACACCCAUGACACAAAAAAUGCCACAGAAAGUGAUAGACAAGGUGACCGGAAUGAUUCCGAUGGGAUACAUGGGGAAGCCUGAGGAUGUGGCAGACGUGGUCGCAUUCUUGGCCUCCGAAGAAAGUGGCUACAUCACAGGGGCCUCGUUGGAAGUCACUGGAGGUCUUUUCAUGUAGCUGCCUCGAGGGAGGACCCAGGACCCUGCACGCACCCCCAUUGCUGUGGCCGGCCUCCUGCCGAUGAGGACGCUAAGUUCCCAGGCUACAAAAGGGGUGGUGGUGUCUGGCUCAGGAAUGCUGAAUAUGGGAGGCAGGGGUGCUUGUGACCCUAAUAAAUUCCAAAUCCUCU